AUGAAGUUGUCCAUCGCCACCAUCACCCUCCUCGCCGCCACCGCCCUCGCCCAUCCCACCGCUCCCUCCUCGGUCGACCGCCGGCUACAGCGAAACGGCCCACGAUUCCUGGAUCUUUUCACCCGCAGCGGCGGCGACAAGUCCGACACGGACCCCGCCCCGAAGAACAGCACCGCGACGGCGACGCCGACCCCAAAGGGCAACAGCACCGCCUCCACGCCCACGCCCACGCCCACGCCGACCGCGAAGCCAUCCAAGGACGACAAGGGCGAGGGGGACAAGAAGGGCUCCGGUGGGGGCGGCAUCGCGAACAGCCUUAUAGACACCGCCGGGGGCCUGCUCAAGGGCAUCGUCAACAUAUUCGGGAAGAGGGUGGGCGAGGGGCUAGUGGUCGCGCCGAUCGCGUUCGGGGAGAUGAAUCGGCAGCCGCUGGUGGUGCCCGAAAGGUCUGGGUUGAUCGACCACCCGUUGCGAUGGCCGUUUGUUAGGGCGGUGCCCGUCGACGAUGGAGUUGGAAGGGGGCACUAG